AUGAAUAAUACCAAUGCCAGAGCCAGAAUUAUCAAUGAAAUAUUCCAUGCACCGGAGGAGCCGUGUUACAAUGAUUUCUCGUGUUAUUUUCUCGGCUCUCAGAACUAUGCUGAGCCCAAAUACUCAGUCACAUCGCAGCGUGUAUCGUUCGAAACGAAGCCUGACGAACCUCCAUCAUUCCAUAUAGAUAGUAAACCUCACAUUUUAUUCUCAGAGAACGUUCAAACUAAUUUACAUGAAGCCAAACAUUACAACUGUAAAUGUGAAAAUUGCAGACGCGAUAAAUGUCCAUCGAAAUCGGCUAGAUUACAAAAAAAAGAUAACAUUAUGCAAUUCAGUGAUAAAAGUACGAUGACAUCGGUAGUAAAAGACGCCGACUGCUGCUGUAAUUUUGGUAAAAUGUGUAAUCGUCCAGAUGUGACGAAUCCUACAUCAAAUACAGGUAGUAAAAUAGAUAAUCUCAAAUGUCUAGAACGCAGAUGCCCAAGAACGAUACUUAAGAAUGACAUGAGCUAUAAAUGUGCUGGUAGAAUAUGUAGAACUUUUAUUGACGAUCAAAUAGCUGAACGAGAUACAAUAGAUGAUAAAGAACAUAAAAUCGAUUCACAACAAGACUUGCAAGAAAAGUUUCCAUCAGAGGAAGUAUUAGACCAAAGAAGAACCUUAUAUAAUGAAGGUAUUAGUGAUCAAAUUGCAAAUCAAUUUCCUAUAGCCCCGCAAAGACUACCUUCGCCAAUUUGUGUUAAUCCUGAACAAAAUAGGAUGCCAGUCAAAAAAUAUAAUCCAAAAUGUUCUAUUGUAUCAAAAGGUAUACCGUUCUCGCAUAAAUUUCAGUCGAAAUAUCACGAAACUUGUAAAAAUACAUCAAAGAGUCGCAUAAAUACGGAUUUUGACUCGGAAGAUAUUAAAUGCUUAGUAGCAUCUCCAGAUAUUGUGAAAAAUGGAAUGUUAAAAUCAGCCAGACCACUCCGACUACCUUCGAUCAAGUUACCAAGAAGAGUUCUGACCUCUGAAAGGGACAUAGAACUUUACAUUGAUAGUUUUCAUCCGAAAUCUCGUAAACGUAAAUGA